CUGCCUCUGUCGCACACCGUUCUCACAUGACGUAGGACCAUGGCGCUGUUGGGGAAUGUCGGUGUUUGACUCUAUAAAGUCUUGAUAAAUGUAACGUUAAAUCUUUGUCAUACUGUAAUGUCAGUUAAAUUUGUAAAUAGAGACAUGAUUGGUCAGGAAAGGUAUUGAGCCUUUCGGUUUUUUUUUGAAUGGACGAUAUAACGGGAAGGCGAAUUGAGCUUACGAUAUAGCCAACAUUAGCUAGCUAUCCCUCCAGGCUAACAACGUCGUUAGCUAGCAAGCUAAGGCUAACGCCGAAUCAGACGUGGGAAAUGCCUAAAUCACUGGCUCGCAAUGCAGACGUCUUUAUCUGUCCUACAGUAAAUUAGUUGAAAAAUACAUAGCUAGCUAAUUGUGGCAAGAUCUAUGUUUGCACACGACAAACUGAACUGGCUAGCUUCUUAAACGCAGGAUGAUGGAAAACUGUCAUGGAUUUUAUCUGCUGCUGGCGGUUGGGAUUCCACAGUUGGCAUUGGUAACGUUAGUCGAAGGUGCACCGCUUCCUUCAGAUGCAGGCUCCGCAGCAGAGGAGAGGCUCCCCCUGCUGGGACUCUCGCUGGCCGUGUCUGUGGCUUCGCUCCUCGCUCUGCUCCUCCUGCUCCUCAACUGCACCUCCUGCUGCAAGGAGCAGGACAUCAACUUUGAGGAGUUCGACGAUAACUUUCCGGAUGAGGUCGACUUCACGCCCCCUGCGGAGGACACGCCCUCCUUGCAGCCCAACACCGAGGUGUACACGCUGGCCGUGCCCCCCCUUGCCCUGCCAGGACCCCCCCGCCUGGACCCCCCUGCAAGCGCAGGGGUCAGAGAGGGGUCCUCUACCCCCCAGGUGACCAGACAGAGUCUGAGCUACAUCCAGGAAAUCGGAACUGGCUGGUUCGGCAAGGUGCUGCUCAGCGAGACGUUCUCGGAGCAGGAGCUGGGGGCCUCCCGGGUGCUGGUCCAGGAGCUGAAGGCCAGCGCCGACUCCCCCGAGCAGAGCCGCUUCCUGCAGCAGGCCGAGCCCUACCGGGUUCUGCAGCACCCCAACAUCGUGCACUGCCUGGGUCAGUGUGUGGACUCCAUCCCGUUCCUUCUGGUGUUUGAGCACUGUGAGCUGGGGGACCUGAAAGGCUGUCUCAGGCAGCAGGACUGGAUGCUGCACAACAUCGAGCUGCUGCAGCUGCAGAAGAUGGCCUGUGAGAUUGCUGCCGGAAUCACACACCUGCACAAACACAACUUCCUGCACAGUGACCUGGCUCUGCGGAACUGCUUCCUGACCUCUGACCUGACCGUUAAAGUCGGCGACUACGGGACUGGCCCGUCUCGGUACAAGGAUGAUUACAUCACCACGGAGGCGGAGCCGAUGGUGCCUCUGCGCUGGACGGCUCCUGAGCUGCUUAGUGAGCUGCACGGGGGCGUGGGGGGCGUGGUCAUGGAAGAACAGACCAAGCCCGGCAACGUGUGGGCCCUGGGGGUGACGCUGUGGGAGCUCUUAGAGAGUGCAGCCCAGCCGUACUCCCAGCUGUCGGACCAGGAGGUUCUGACCCACGUUAUUAAAGAGCAGCACGUCAGACUGUCCAAACCGCAGCUGGACCUGCCUUAUGCUGACCGAUGGUACGAGGCUCUGCAGUUCUGCUGGCUGCCACAGGAUAAGCGCGCCACAGCGGAGGAGGUGCACAGGCUCCUGACGUACCUGCGCAUGCAGGGCCAGCGGCAGGCCGAGGAGGACUUCCAGCAGCGCUGGGACGCCCUGCGGCCCCGCCCCGCCCAGGGCCACGCCUCCUUCCCCAUCCUGGACCGCUUCAGCGAGCCGGACGAGCUGCUGACCGUCACCGAGACCAGCCGCGGCCUCAGCUUCGAGUACGUGUGGGAGGCGGCCCGGCACGACCCCGCCACCCUCAACCACCACAGCGUGUUCUUCCCCGCCGCGUGCUACGAGGCCCCGCCCCCGGCCGAGCCCGCCCACGGGGCGCUGUCCGUCUUCGACGCCCACCAGGCGGGCUCCGGGAAGGAGUACUACAUCCAGCUAGAGGAGCAGGAGCCGGGUGCCGGGGAGGGCGACCCCCAAAGCGGCCAGGCAGGAGGGGGACCCCUGCAGCAGAACGUGAUCCUGCAGGACACCGGUCUGGACGAGUCGGGGACGGACCCUGACUUCUUCCACCGCAGCCUGGACUCCAGGGACUCCAACCCGGCCAGUCAGCCGGAGAGCCCGUACCGCGCCCACAUCUUCAGCGAUAGUGGUGGUUCCGCCCCGGACCGCCCCUGGGCGAGCGGCCUGCUGGAGCUGCCCGAGUUCAGCACCGGCAGUCUCCAGAGGGGGGCGCCACUAGCGGAGGCUGGGAUGGGGAACAGCUCAUCUUUCGGGGGUGUUAUGGAUCUGAGGCUCUUAGGGGAAGCUGAGGGACAGGACACGGCCGGAGGACAUCUCCUAGACUUGCCGAAUCUGUCUGAUGACUUCCUGUUCCCUCAGGCGGGGAAUCUGGCGAGGGAAGGUGGGAAUUGGGGUCCGCGGAAGGACGCCCCGGUGGCUGAUUCGGACUGCGUUUCCGACCCCGACCUCAGGGUCAUUUCCAUGGAGUACUCUGAGGUCGCGACCUCUGACGAGGUGGAGUCCGCCUCCGACCCCGCCCUCGCCAGGGUAGAGCCUCCGAACUUCCCGACGCCGCUCCUGCUGCCUUCGAUGAAGAUCGAAACCCUGGUGCCUUCAGGAAUGCCAGACGCUGGGGGAGAUAAUCCCAGCAGCCUCUUCUCCAAUAGAACCUCCUCCCCAGACGUGGAAUGCACUCUGCUGAGCUCCUCUGAACCCGGGACCGACCUGGUCCUCCACCCUACCUCCCAGCACCUGGAGGACACUGCCUGGCCAGUCAGUAACCAUCAGCCCCCACUGCUGAGCCCAUGUGCUAACACAGACACUUUGUGCGAUGAUGCCAAAAAUCUGGAUGAUUGGUCUGUGGUGACACAACGCCCAACAGAGCAGUGUAGCCUCUCCCCUCCUUCCGCUCAUGCCAGUGAAGCCUCUUCAGAUGUUGACCAUGCCCUCGUGGAUGAGACCAUUUCAGAUUGUGGCCUUACAGAUAGAAUUGCUUCAGAUCAGAUUGCAGAUGACUCCUCUUUGGAACACAGCCUCGUGGAUAAGAACGUUGCGGACCUGAUGGGUUCUGUGCAUGAGACCGCUUCAGACUGUGGCCUUACGGAUGGAAUUGCUUCAGAUCAGAUUGAUCUUGCGGAUGGCUCCGCUUUGGAACACAGCCUCGUGGAUAAGAACGUUGCAGACCUGAUGGGUUCUGUGCAUGAGACCGCUUCAGACUGUGGCCUUAUGGACGGAACUCUCUCAGACCCGUCAGGUAUUAGGGAUGGAACUGGUUCAGGCAGUGGCCUUAUGGAUGAGGCCAUUUCAGACCAUGUCCUUACCAGUGAAUCUGAUUUGGAUCUCAUGGAUGAGCCUGCUUCGAACCAGAUGGGUCUUAGGGAGGAGGCUUCUUCAGAUCAUGGCCCUACAGACAGAACCGUUUCAGACCAGGGUCUUAAGGAUGAGAAUGAUACAGGUCAGAGGAGCCUUGUGGAUGACAGCACUUCAGACUCUAGUCUUAGAGAAGAGUUCCUCAGCAUAGACCUGGUGGGACUUUCAGUUACAGACUCCAAGCUGCAGGAAGCCACUGAUGGUGAGCACCCUUCCAGUCUCCCUGAAGACCCUCCCACUCAGGACAGAACCCCCCCGGCAUUGAUUCCCGACCCCCUCCUGGAGCAGACAGGCCAGGAGGCCCUCCCUGAUGACCGUGGCUUGGCUUCGGCGACAAAGGUAGAGGGUUCGGUCGAGACGCCAGACUCCGUGGAAUCCCUGAACGUUCACCAUCUCCAACCACCCAGUCGAACCACUGACAGCGGCUACGACACCGAGAACCUGGAGUCGCCUGAGUGGGGCUCCCAGCCUGUUGACCAAGAGGAAGCUGGGCCAGAGAGUGUGGAGCCGUCGCCAGUCGCCCCAGGGGUCAUUGUGCUGGAGGCAGAGAGUACUUUGGACGCAGAGGAGGGCAUGUCCACUUCUAGCCCUGCUCCCAUGGAAGAGCCCCUUGCCCUCGGAAAUCAGAGCCAUCGGGACUCCGCCUACUUCUCCGACAAUGAGUCAGAGCCAGAGAAGAGGCUGGAGGAGAACGGCACAGGCGACCCCACUGGCAGCAUGCCCUGGCAAAUGGACGAUUCGAGGCCCAGUGGCGAAACUAGCGACAUCCUGGCACCCAGCAAGGUAGGGGAGGACAACACGGGGUGCCCAGAGCCCCAAGGCGAGGUCCCACUGGAGCCCGAUAAACCCUGCAGCUGGAACAGCGUUCCUGAGCUGGUGCUCACCCCAGCAGACUCUGCCCAGGGAGGGGCGGGUUCCGUCAGCAGCUGUGAGGAGACAGGAGAGCAGUCCAAGCUCGGGGGCGGGGAGGAGCCCCAUCCAGCCGGACGUGCUGGGCCUCCCUCCCCCUCUCUGCCAGAGGCCCACGAGGGCGCCUUUCACGCCAAGCUCGUCCGCACGCACGCAGGGGCGGGGCCGGGGCCCAGACUCAGGGAGCGGGACGCGGAGGGGCGGUACCUGGUCGCCGGGGGCGACGGGGGCGAGGACGGUUCGGAGGCAGACGAGGAGGACGAGAACAGCGAGGAUUCGGACGAUGAGGACAUGCAGGCAUACCGCCUGCACAGCUCUGCCUCUGACAGCGACGACGAGCCCCUGCCGCCCGCCCCCGUGGUCAUCAUGGACACCAGCCACGCCCACAGCCUCAGGAGCCUGCUGAAAGCUGCUACCCCUUCGUCAGCGGCUGCCGAUGCCCACUCUCUGCCCAGGAAGAAAGCAGUCUCCUUCUUUGAUGAUGUCACCCUGUACCUCUUUGACCAGGAGAUUCCCACUAAAGACCUGGGUGACCACUUCUCUGAAUCCUCCAGUCAGGUGUCGGAGUUCGCUAGCCCAGCCCCCCCCUCCAGCCUCUUGAACAGACUCACCAACUCAGAGAGCUCCACCGAUGAAGAGGGUGGCACGUUCGAGUGGGAUGACGACUUCCCAUCCCCAGAAUCUUCCUUCAUCUCCAAGGCAACUGGAGAUGUAGACAAGUCGAAGGCGCCUCCUGCUGUGGCCUCGCAGUACUUCUCCCCGCCCCCUCCAGAACACACCCCUGAGCCGAGCUGGCCACGCCCUUCCACCUUUUCCCGCUUCUCCAUCUCCCCAGCCAGCAUUGCCAACUUCUCCCUCACUCACCUGACUGACUCUGACAUGGAACAAGGGAGCAGUGACGGGGAGAAGGAGUAGCACGUGAGGAAAGUAUGUCCUGCAGAGGAGGCGGGCCAUCAGGCCGGUACCUAGUUCUGAUGACCAGGGGCCUUUUCCCCACGGCCUGCCAGGAUGAGUACAUCACCAUUAUGAUGGCGGUAGCCAAGCGGACAUGGAGGGACCAGCCCCUCUUUGCAUAAACUCCGCCCACCUGCCCACACCCAGGCCAAUGAGCCAAACCUGGGCUGGGACAAUCAAAACUUUCAAAAGAAAUAUACAGAUAUAUUUUUUAAUGUUUGUUUUUCCUUGGUUUAGAAAUCUAAAACCUUGCAAGAGGAUGUUCUGGCAUGAGACAAAGAAGGUAGGCGUUGCCCGAAGCUAACGUGCUAACGGGCUGCGGCUCAUGCCUCAGAAGGACAGAGCAAAGCUUUGGCAUCAGUGAACCACAUGCAUUCACGCCACAAACUGGACUUGAGCACAAGGCUCGAGAAUCUUGCAAAGGCGUCUGUCUCUAAUCCACUGUAUUUUUCUGUAAGAAGUCUUUAUUUUUAUACACUCAGGAGUUAUGAACAAAGGAGAAGUGACUGAUUAGUGUUCACCAGAGCAUUUCUGGGAUUCAUCGUCUCUGGGAAUGGAGAAAUGAUUCUCACACACUGCUGUAACUUACAGACUAGUUUCUCCCAGCAACUUGUCCUCAACCGUCAACUUCACCCACAGAGAUGGGAAGAUUGGCAAGCAGCUGCUGGACUGGUGAAGAAGAUUGUGUUUGCACACAAGCCAGUUUCAAACCCAAGCUGUAACCUUUCGACCCAGGCAAAUUAGCCUGCCGCAAAGCAUUAUGAGACAUCUGUGACAAAACAGUCAGAGUCUGGGCUGCAGCAGUGGUGUUCACUCUUGCAUUUGGUGAGCCACAGAGUCUGUUGGCUUUGGUUUUCACCAUAGCCAGCAACCAGUUCAGAGCCGCAGAGCCAGUUGAGGUAGUGUUCACAGUUGUGUGAAAAACCUCUGAAGCAAUUCAGUGCUGCCCUGUGCACUCUGUGGCUGUCUAAUGCUGGGCAAGAGUGAAUACUACUGUAAUAUUGGAACAACCUUCUUACCACAUCCCAUCACAGAGAAUUAUGGGAUAUCUGUGUGGAGUGUGUCACAUGACCUCAGGAUCCACAUCAGUAGAUGCAGUGCAGUGUGUUGUGUGGAAAAUGAAUCAAGCAGUUCUUGAUUUCCCGAGUGGAUUGUCUAAAGUAUUUUUAAGAGUAAGAUAGCAACCAGCUGCUUUUGGGAAAAGCAGAAACCCUUCAGUGCCCUGUGAAAAUGCUAAAAUGGAAAUGAAUCAUGAGCAUGUCUGAAAUCAAUGUGACUGAUCUAAAAUGGCAAAAUACAGAGCUGCAUAUAAUGGAAAUAUGUAUCAGUUAUUGCCAGUUUAUUGUGUACAUAUUUUAAUACACAUAAAAUUUAUGUAACAGUGCCCAUGCAUUUGUAAUGUAUAUACUCUCCAUGUGAAAGUACACAUGAAAGUGGCAGUAAGUGAUUUUUUUAUAUACACUGUAGAUUUUAGUGUGUUAAAACAAAUCUCUUGAAUCUUUGAAUCUUGAUUCAAUGAUUUGAAUCUGGAUCUUUAUAUUUUUUCAGUGAAAUUGAAACUCGACCUGUGCAAUGAUCGUAUUGCACAAAACCACCAUGUUCCUCACCAUCUCAUUGGCUGGGUGCCAUGUGAAGGGAACCAAUCUGCUGUAAGCAUCAACAUAUGAUUUGUCGCAUAGCCUGAGAAGCGAUGAGGGGAUAUAGAUAGCAUGGUUGGCUACAGAUUGUGAUUUCAAGAGAUUUACUGUUUUUAUUUUGUAUGAAUGAAGGAUUUAUAGCGAAGCAAAACCAAGAAGAAAAAAAAAAAAAGUAAAAGCCACCCAGUCGCACAUCCUGACCUCACCCGUUUCCUCCCUGUUCAUCAUGCUGCUUGCUGAUUGGCCGCUGUUCACGAUGAGACACAGGAAGAAAGGGGUUUCUUAGAAAAGCCGGAAUGUAAUACGAGCAGAUGCGGUGUACAGAGCUCUGGUGCAAAGGAGAGUUUAUUUGGUUUGAUUUGUUUUUUUUUUUUUUUUUUUUGUGCUGGUGCGUAAGGCGCUUCAGUGGAAACGUAGCCGUGCCUGAACAUUCAUAUUCACACGUGGUGCCGUGCCUGAACAUUCGUAUUCACACGUGGUGCCGUGCAGGCAUCUUAGCGUCUGUGAAAUCACAACAUGCUGCUAUAGCCUCACUGGAACGGUGGAAACCCAGGAGAGCCUCAGAGGCCGUUUUUUAUUUGUUCGCUGCCUGCCGUCCCCUCCCAAUAGCCCCGCCCCCUGCCCUGCUCUCCGAUAUCAUUGAAGACUCAAGUGUGGAUGUGCGGUGGGAUUUGAGGGGCUGCAGGGCAGAGGGGUGACCUCACUGUGUCUCUUUCUUAGUCUCUAAAUUCACUGUGUGGACUAAGCUGGGGUGGGGGUCAUGGGUCACUGAUAUUCUGAGUGAGUCGCUGCACUGCGUUUCAGAAGCACAGACUGAGGGUCCGCAAAUUGAGCUUGUCAGAAUCUCAAUACGUGUUUGCAUACUAGACAUUGACAAGUUCAGUUCGAUGCCUGUUUAAUUACACAAGUGUAAAUAUAUUACAUGCACAUCUAUGCGUACCGUAUGUGCAUAUAUAAAAUAUCCAUAUAUGUACGUGCAUGUAUAUUGCUGAAGCUCUGGUCAAAUUGAUCAGAGUCAGUAACGCUCGAUUGGUCAGACUCAGUAACGCUUGAUUGCUCAGACUCAGUAACGCUUGAUUGGUCAGACUCAGUAACGCUUGAUUGGUCAGACUCAGUAACGUGCAGUCGGUUAGAGCCAGUCAUUUGUGGUUGACUCACAGAGGAAUCCCAAAGAUUACAAAGUGAUGAGCACUUAACGUGCCCCAUUGUCAGAUUUGUAGCUAAUAUAUGCCAGUCACUGUAUUUGAAGAAAGGUAAAUCUUUGUACCAACAACCUGUGCUAAAGUCAAACUUGAAUUGUCACUGAAUGAAAUUCUAUGAUUUUACUUUUUCAGCAUUUGCUUAAUAUUGCACAUUUGGGAAGUGUAACUUAAUGUCAAAUUGUAUUGGCGUAUAUAAAUGUUUAAUUUUGGUCUGUAAACAGGGAAAUUCUGUAAUCAAGUCUUAAGUAUGACAUUUCAAUUUGUAAUGUAAUUUAAAUUACAUUGACUGAACUUAUGGAGUUAAAGAAACGCAUAAGCAAUUAAAUUCUAAAUACAAGAAGAAAUGAAACUAUGCAGGUCAUCCUGCUCUUAAUACCUUCAUGUAAAAUAUAAAAUAUAAUAUUUUUACUUGAUAUCAAUGAUCAUGCAUAAUGCAAUUGAAUUGUUUAUAAUUAAAAUAUACUGUUUAUUUAACAUUGAGAAUAAAUUAAAAUGUACUUCUAUGUUAUUUCUUA